AUGGAACCUAACGAACCACACCAACAGCAGCAACACCACUUCACCUCUUAUUUCUCCACCACCCCCACCCCCACCACCACCAUCACUACAACCACCCCAUCACCCACCAAUGGCCUCCUACCACCUCAUCACCCAACAGACUCCAACACUUCUGCCGGACCCCACAUGCUCUACCCUCACUCAAUGGUGCCCUCAACCACUGCUACAGUGACAGGGGGAGGAGCACCGAUGGAGGCAACAGGAGCAAAGAGAAAGAGAGGGAGACCAAGAAAAUAUGGGACGCCAGAACUGGCGUUGGCUGCCAAGAAAACGGCAUCCUCUGCUGCAGCUUCCAGAGAAAAGAAAGAACACCAAGCUGGUUCUUCUUCUACUACUUCCUCGUUUUCGGGCUCUGCGUCCAAAAAAUCUCAACAUGCUUCUCUUGCGUUGGUUUUUGAUGGUGUAAAUGUCAAAAUUUCAAAUUCUUGCAUGUUGUAUGAGGCUUGCAUGUGUUUCUAUAGCAUUUUUAAAAAUGUUAUAGUGAAUAGUAAAAUAGAUGAGAAUGUAGAAUUUAUUGACCUCGAAUAUGAUGCCAAUUGGCUCAUUGGAAUUGGGAAUACCUUCAGUUUUGCAGGCAAUGCUGGGCAUGGUUUUACACCACAUGUUAUUACUGUAGCUGCGGGUGAGGUAUGGAAACUCUCUAGCCUUGGAAUAUACUACUAUUAUCAGCAACAAAUACCUGAGGAGAUUUGUUUGGAACAUGGUUGUGUUCCUCUAGCUGUGGAUGCUUAUGACGAUGUCACCCAGAAAAUCAUGCAUUUCCUGCAACAAAGUACGCGUGAAAUGUGUAUUUUAUCAGCAUCUGGUUCAAUCUCAAAUGCAUCUCUCCGCCAACCAGCAACUUCAGGAGGCAACAUUGCAUAUGAGGGUCGGUUCGAGAUCAUUUCAAUGUGUGGAUCUUAUGUACGUACUGAAAUGGGGGGAAAAGCAGGUGGCCUCAGUGUAUGCCUAUCUGAUACAAAUGGCCAGAUUAUUGGAGGAGGAGUUGGUGGACCUCUAAAGGCUGCUGGCCCGGUACAGGUCAUUGUUGGUACUUUUCUGCUUGACAACAAGAAGGAUGGUAGUGGAAAAGGUGAUGCCUCUGGCAGCAAGUUGCCAUCACCAGUCGGAGCAUCAGGACCAAGUUUUGGUUUCCGCUCUCCAGUUGAAUCUUCAUUGAGGAAUCCAGGUAGGGGAAAUGAUGACCAUCCUACCAUCGGAGUAAAUCCUUUUACCAUGCAAUCUACAAGUAUACAUUUUGCAUCUACAAGGCCCAUGGAUUGGAGGAGCGGUCCAGAAGUUAGAUCAACUGCAGGUUAUGAUUUUACAGGUCAUGGGGGACCCCAGUCUCCAGAAAACGGGGACUAUGAGUGA